UUAAAUAAAAUAUAUAUAUAUAUAUUUAGCAAUGGAUAUUCGACUUCAAAUCGUGAGUCUUUACUCUCAAAAUCUAUGGAAAAUUAAAUCGAAUCAGAAAAUUCUCAAACCCUUCUGCUCGAAAAUGCCGCCGCCCCAGAAAAACGGCGGCGGCGAUGGUGGCGACAGUAAAGGUGAUAAGUACUCAAUGGAUUGGGACAAAGCUUGGUCGAGCUUCAAAAAGCAAGGAAAAAAGACUUUGUUCUCGAAUUUCUCGCCCGACAAAUACGUGAGUUGGAACCCAAAACGUUCCGAGUACCCAUUGUCAGAAGAAAUCGACCCAAUCAAAAGAACCGAGAGGUCGAAUCUUAUGUUAUGGACCAGCCCACGGUUCACGCUAGCUGGGGCAAUUGUAAUAGUUAGUUUUCUUUUACUCUACACAAUACUAGCCCCUAUUAAGUGAGUUCAUAUUGCGUACACCUAUUGAUGAACAAUGGAUCUUAUAUGUUCCGAUUGCUGUAAAUUUGUCCAUGGUCAUGUUGUAACAAGCUUGAAAAAUGGAAUACAUUGCUUUCCUCCACUAUUUCAUCAAAUUUAUGAAAUGUAAAUGUACGCAUUUUGUCGGAUCUUGCAACUCGGUAGUAACGACUAAGGUGAUGUAACAAAGUGUAUUUGUCCCAUGUGAAAUUCCAAUCCAAAAGUGAAUAACAUGUAGCAUUUUGAAAUCGCGCAUAAGAAUUUGUGAUAACCGAAAUAACAACAAAGAUAAUAACAGUCUCAUUCGACUUUAUUGGGUACCUGAUGAAACUCCCACCCAAAUCCAGAAGUAAAGGACAAUAACCCAUUUUGCACAGCUGAGAAUCAUAAAAGACUUUGCUAUAAAAAUACCACCACUGCCACUGGGCAUAAAAAGUCCUCUCACCAUCGAAAGCUGACAUCAAGAAGAGGGCUAUCCUAUGCAAUUUACCAAUACUUUCAAAGCACAAACACCACCCUGAGUCAAAAAUGUGCUGAGAUUUUGAAUCCAAGCCAUAACCAUUCACACGUUGCCACCUG